UCUAUAAAUUACAGAUAAUUGCUUAACACUCUCUCUUUCGCCCUAAACAUACAGAGCCGUCUCUCUUUCUCUGAAGAUGAUAAUGUCGGCGCGGAGGAUUUUCACAACUACUGAGAGGUUCUUCCGCUUUCAACUGCAAACGGAAAUGGGUAUCAUUCAAUCUCCAUCCUUAUUAUUUACCAAUUACUUCCAUUCUUCUGCUUCCACGCAUAAUCCUAAAGAUGCAAAAUCUCAACGUUUCUUGAGAUCUAAGUUCAAUUCUUCUUCUUUUAGGGACGUUGAUGAUGCCUUAGCUUUCUUUAAUCAUAUCAUUCUUUUGCGUCCUCUGCCUUCUAUUGUUCAAUUUUGUCGAUUUUUAUCUGCUCUUGUGGGAAUGAAACAAUAUCACACGGUUAUUUCUUUGUCCAGAACAAUUGAGUCUCUAGGAAUCUCACACAAUAUUUACUCUCUUUCUAUAUUGAUUAACUGUUUCUGCCGCUUACACCUUGUGAAUUUUGGCUUCUCAAUUCUGGGGAAAAUUAUCAAAUUUGGAUUGGAGCCCAAUACUAUGACAUUUACUACCUUAAUUAAAGGGCUCUGUAUAGAUGGUAAAAUCAAUGGAGCAGUAGAUUUUUUCAAUGAUAUGGUUGCUGGAGAUUAUCAACCUGAUGUUUAUACCUACAAUGUGAUAGUAAAUGCUCUUUGUAAAUGUGGGAAAACAAAUGUGGCUAUUGAGUUGCUAAAGGGAAUGGUUGACAGAGGUUGUGAGCCAGAUGUUGUGACAUACAAUGCAAUUGUGGACGCUCUUUGCAAGGAUAAGCUAGUUAUUGAGGCUUUAGACCUCUUCUCUCAAAUGAGGAAUAAAGGUAUUCCACCUAGUAUCAUCACUUACAACUGCUUAAUUCACGGUCUUUUCAAUUUGGGCAAAUGCAAUCAAGCUUUUGCCUUGUUGAAAGAAAUGGUGGGGCAAAACAUAUCACCAGACAUUUUUACCUUAAAUAUAUUGAUUGACAAUCUUUGUAAGGAAGGACUAGUUUCAAAAGCUCAAGAAAUAAUGAAAAUAAUGAUCCAAAAAGGUGUGAAGCCUGAUGUUGUCACCCACAAUUCAUUGAUGGACGGAUUUUGCCUGUGUAACCAAAUGGAUGAAGCUAGAAAACUAUUUGAUCAUAUGGUAAGCAGUGGCAUAGCUGAUGUCCGUAGCUACAGCAUCUUGAUUAAUGGAUACUGCAAGAGCAGAAAGAUAGAUGAAGCAACAAAACUUUUUGAUGAAAUGCUUAAAACUAGUGUAGUUCCCAACACUGUUACUUAUACUACUUUUAUAAAGGGAUUGUGGGAAGCAAGGCAACCUGGAAAUGCACUUGAGGUUUUCAAGAGCAUGUGUUCUUGUGGUCAACAACCAAAUAUAAUAACUUUCUCAACUAUUCUCAAUGGCUUGUGCAAACAAGGGUAUCUUGAUGAGGCACUCACACUAUUUAAAGCGAUGGAAAAAAGUCGGUUGAAGGUUAAUCGUGUGAGCUAUAACAUUUUGAUUAAUGGUAUGUGUAGAGCUGGGAGGCUUACUGAUGCCAAGGAAUUGUUUUCUAGGCUUUUUGAAAAAGGUUUACAACCUGAUGUUUAUACAUAUAGUAUAAUAAUAAAAGGACUUUGCAAUGAAGGUUUACUAGAUGAAGCAUACAAAGUCUUUAGAGGAAUGGAAGAGUGUGGAUGUUUACCGAAUGGUUGCUGUUAUAAUGUGAUUAUUCAAGGGUUUCUCAGGCAUAAAGAUAUACCAGAGGCAACACUACUUAUUGAUGAAAUGGUUGAUAAAGGAUUCUCUGCAGAUGCCACCACCUUUGAAUUGGUAAUACAUUUAUCGCGCAAUGACGAUCUCAUUCUGAGAAAACUACGAAAUCGUUCCAAAUGUUCUAAAGAUGCAAAUUUUAAGUGAUAUUUUAACAAUCAAGACUUGCACAACAGAUGGACGAGGGCCUGUGAACAUAUUGUUCUUCUUCAUUAUAGAGACAUCAUGAGCUUGGUAAAAGAGUUUUCUAUUCUGUUCUGUGGCCUCCUAGCACUUUGUGCAGGAUCUAGCUGUUCUGCUCCAGGUACAAGUCCUUGUUCUACCAUUCAAGAUCAAGGAACUGCCUUUGAUUUUACAUCUGAUGAUGGUAUAAAUUUUUGAAAAGUCUGGGCCACUUGGGGUGGAAGAGGGUUUAAGGGGCUAAUGGUCAGCAAGAGAAGCGUAGUUUUCUUGGCGUCUGAAUUUGAGAGCUGAAUAUGUUGAGGCAUCCAGAAAUAGGAAGCACCGAUGGAAAUUCUGAAAGCUCUUCUCGUUGAUGGCUCUCUUCUCGGACUGGCCGUUCCUGGCAUGGAAGCUAAUGAAUGCUCGAAAUGACCUGAUCUUUAAUGAUAAACAAUGGAAAACACCAGAAGUAUGAAUUAAUCAGUACUCUGAAGCAGAGAAUUGCUUCACCAAUCCAUGAUUAAUGCAGUAAUCUCUAGUAUUAAGAUAAUUCCAAUCUGGACUCACUAGCUGUUGGUUUCAUUAUGAUAAACUUUGAAAUUCUUACUGUUAGAAGAAGUUGCUAAUAUGCUUAUGAGUCUGUCAUCAAAGAUCUGUUGUUUUUGUCCAGAGAGAAGGAAAUUGGCCAGUUCACAUUUCAAAUUCUAAAUGUUUUUGUAGUUUCUUUUAAAUUUUCUCAAGUUGUGAUCAAUAUUCAAGAGAUGAUAUAUAGUAUUGAUGGCAUAUGAAGAUUUCCCUUCUUUCAUAAAA